AUGAUCUCUGCACAGCAGCCACCGUUCCCCAGCAAAAUUCAGGGAGUAAUGGACUGCCAAACCGAGGAAGAAGAAACUUGUGAAGAGCAGUAUGACUCUGAAAACUGCACUUGCAGCUCCAAGCAUACAUCAUCAAUGGCAGAAUCCCACUCAGAUUCACCAGUAACUCUGAAGAUACUACAGAACUGGGUCCCUAGAGUUUCACCCUACUUUGAUAAAGAGCACUACACGUACGUAGGCCACCAGAUCGUCAUUCAGGAGUCCAUAGAACACUUUGGAGCUGUGGUGUGGCCGGGGGCACUGGCUUUAUCUCAAUAUCUGGAAUCAAAUCAAGAACAAUUCAACCUCAAAGACAAAAAAGUUCUGGAAAUUGGUGCUGGAACAGGCUUGGUUUCCAUCGUGGCCUGUAUCUUAGGAGCUUACGUUACAGCUACUGAUUUGCCUGAAGUUCUUGAAAAUCUCUCGUAUAAUAUUUCAAGAAAUACACAAAACAUGAAUAUGCACAAACCCGAAGUGAGAAAACUGGUAUGGGGAGAAGACCUCAACGAAGACUUUCCUGUAUCAACUUACCAUUAUGAUUUCCUACUGGCAACUGAUGUUGUAUACCACCACACAGCUUUGGACCCCCUGCUAGCAACAAUGGUGUAUUUUUGUAAGCCAGGAACAGUAUUACUAUGGGCAAAUAAAUUCAGAUUCAGUACAGACUAUGAAUUUUUGGAGAAACUUUGUGAUAUAUUUAACGUAACCAUUCUAGCAGAGUUUCCAGAAUCAAACGUCAAGCUGCUUAAAGCCACAGCAAGAGAGAAUUAA